AUGCCUGCCUCUAGUAUGGCCAAUGCCCCUCCUAAAUCCGAUUGGAAUGAGACUGAGAUGUCUAGAUUGGACACUGAAGCUGUGACGGUUGAGCCAUCCCUUGGUGGUUCGCUCUUGAGUGUUGAUGACUGGGAUGAUGGCAGCACUGCCUCAUGGGUCCGUGAGCAGUCGUCUAUUGCUGAAUCCUCUGGUUCAGACCAUUCGCCUCCUCCUUCUGUGGCGGCCUCCCCUGCUUCUGAUGAUCCUGCCACAGCCUCUGGAGUCAUCUUGUUCUCUGAAAGCUCAGAUUCUGUGACCAAUUCAAAGGGAUCCUCGGGCAUCACCAAAGCAAUGGAAGGUUUCAAUGAGCUUCUCCACAAACUGCGGGAGGUUCACGAGCGAGAAGUGGAGGUGUGGCAGGUGAAGGUCCAGGAGCUGUCGAAUAAGAAGGGCUGUGAUUCAAAACGAAUGGAGGAGCUGUUCAGUAGAAACCAGCAGAUGAGAGAACAGCACAGGCUACUGACUGAAAACAUCAAGACACUGGAAAACAGGUUGAGGGCAGGACUUUGCGACAGGUGUACAGUAACUCAGGACGUGGCAGAGAGGCGACAGCAGGAAUACGAGACCUCGCAGAUAAAGAGCUUUCAGCACAUCUCCAUACUGGUGGGUGAGGUGAACAACCUCACCAGGGAGAACAGAAGACUGAGGGAAGAGGUCAGGAACCUGAAAGGAGCUUUGGAUACAUGUCAGAACGAACGCUCCUCGAGCAGUACCACCCCUGAGGUCAAGCCAUCAAGAUCUCCUGACCUUUCACCGCCCGGUGGGCCCAUGUCCCUAAUCACCACGGCAACCAGUCACACCACCGGCCAGGCAGCAGAUGGCGAUGUUGCAAUGAAAACUGAGCUAGACCAAAGAGCGGAGGACUCGGUAGACGCCAUGGAUGAACAGAGACAGAUGAGGGGCUGGAACAGGAGCCACUUUGAGUCCUACAAGCCUUUUUCGUUGACUCCAUCCACUUCGGUCUCCUGGAGGAAAGAACAUGUCACUCAGUCGGGUGCUGGAGACAAGAGUAUUCCUCACUCCUCACCUUCUUCUUCCUCCUCUACCCCCGGAGAUGUAAACCCUAGCAGACACGUGCUCCACGCCCCUGUGCCCUGCCGCCCUCGCCCUAUCAAGACGGGCCCCUGGCCGCUGUCGGAAGCUGCUGACUGGGUGACCCAGACCAAUUCCACGGCCAACAGCCUGGUGGCUCAGUCCAACCACAAAUCCAGCUCCCUGCACUUCCCAACCCUGGCCAGCCAACAAGCCAACCACUGCAGCCAGACUGCCCAGAGGAGGAGGCAGGUUCUGGGGCAGAUGUGGCCAAGGCACAGCCCCCUUCAGUCCCAUCCUAAAGAGAAGGUCAUGGUGCUCAGGGUGAGAAGUCUGUCGGAGCAGGAGGAGGGCCAAGCUAGGGCUCCGGAGAAAAAGGCGCCGUGGCCAACCACAACGAGUUCUGAGACGCCGCACGCUGAGGGGGUGUUUGGAGUUGGGCUGAGAGAGGAAAAUAACGCGCCUCUGGACCUGUCCGAUCGAGGGAGGUCCAAAUCCAGCCAAUCACCAAAGGGUAAUAAGCCCCUAAGUGUGCACGGUGGAGAAAGAGUGGCAGCCAUACCAGGCAGUCCAUCCUCCUCUUCCUCAAGUCCCUUACUUCCUUCAUGCCCCUCGACACUCUCAUCCAGCCUCCAACAGGAAACGGGUUCGGGUGACCACAAUCUCAAGUCUGUAGAAGGACAGGCCGAGGAACCAGAUGGAAAAACAGACCAAGCCAGUGAGAAGGUACCAGUCCUCACCAUUUCACUUCAGCCAGUGGUGCUGCUGGAGACUCUGAACUCUGCUCUGCAAGAAUCCUCAUCUUCAAAUGGCAAGUUGGCACCAGCGGCUGAUCGGGGCAGCAGCUCGGAGGAGCCGGAUGGAGCGGGCAGUGGGUCCAGCUCAGAGUGCGGUCCAGAUGCCAAGAGAAAGAAAGCGCGCCUGGACAUAAGUACCGACAGAGACUCUGAUGAGAUCCAGCAGGAAAGAAAAAUGAAGAUCAAAAUGGAGCCUUGGGAAAAGAGCCCAACCUAAAAAGGAGAGGGAUGAUGCCCCGUAAGGGGGGUAAGGUUGCGAUAGUACAAAGCAUAUGGACUUCAAACAGAACUUGUGGCACUCCUGUCAGUCUCCUCCUAUUACAGUGGAUGUAGCCGGCAUGUCAAGUAUGCCUUUUUCUUUUUUCUUUUUAUCCCCAAUCGUUUUUGGCCAAUUACCCCACUCUUCCGAGCUGUCCCGGUCGCUGCUCCACCCCCUCUGCUGACCUGGGGAGGGCUGCAGGCUACCGCAUGCCUCCCCCCAUACACGUGGAGUCGCCAGCCGCUUCUUUUCACCUGACAGUGAGGAGUUUCGCCAGGGGGGGCGUAGCAUGUGGGGGGAUCACGCUAUUCCCCCCAGUUCCCGCCCCCCCCCCAAAACAGGCGCCCCGACCGACCAGAGGAGGCGCUAGUGCAGCGACCAGGACACAUACCCACAUCC